AUGAAGAGAAAAGAAAAUGGUUCUCCAUUCCUGGUAUGGCAACACUGUGCUGAUUUGAACUUCUGUCAAAAAAAAGUGAGGUUAGAAAUCUACCGCAUUUUCCAAAUAAACCCAAUCUACAAGAAGUUUUUUAAAGUUAUCAGAAAAUUAAAUAAUGAAAUAAUGGCAAAUUUAGAUGUAAACUACUUGGAAGAGUUGAGGCAAACUUUCUACAGUGCGGAUCAUCGAAAUCAAGUCCCAACGAAAGGUAAAAAGGAGCAAAAACACAAGAGCAAACCGAAAAUCACGCUUCCUAAAGUAAGUUCAAAUACCCAAAGCAAUGGAAUACCUACUAUAAGCACAAUUAUUGAUACACCACAUUAUGUAAAUGGCAAAAAAUCUCAUGAGACAGCUAAAAAACAAUCAUCUGAGGCCCCAUUGAAAGGUAAAAAGAACCUCAAAAGCAGUGAAAAAAUUAAAAACAGACCUGAUACACCUUUUAAACUAAAAAAACCUGAUCAUAAUGAGAAUCCUGCCAAGGGCACACAACUAUCUGUAUGUGAAGUAGAACAUGAAAACAAGGUAAAAGGUAAAAAAAAGCUCAAGAGCAAACUCACAUUUUCUGAGACAACAAGCAGUGAAAAGAUCAAAAACAGAAUUGAUACACCAUUUAAGCUGAAAAAAACUUUAAAUAAUGAAAACCCUGGCAGAGGAACUAAAAGAAGAUUAUCUGAUGCUGAGCAAGAAGUCAAGCCUAAGAAGAAAAAAGAAAAACCUACAAUUAGCAAAGGUGUACAAUUGAAUUUUUCAGAAGAUGAAACUGUUGCUGAAGAGUUUAUUGAAAAGAGAAGAGAAAAACCAAAAAUCAAUGGCAAAGGUGUGGUUCGUAAAAAGAAAGUGAGCUGGACAUCAGAAACUGAAGCAGUUGAAGAGAAGAAACGAAAAACUGGUAAAAAAAAGAAAUUUGCAAAUUUAAAUCCUGUAAUUCCAUCAGAGACAAAGCCAAAAAUCAACACUAAACUGGUAGAAGUUGGUGAAGCACAACAAAAUGAAAAUUUGCAAAUAUCCAUAAUCAACAAUACUGAAACUGCUCACGAUUUUUAUGAUAACAAUAAGCUAAAUGUAAAAGGAAUGAAUUUGCAAAGGUUUUGCAACUUGUUCGUAGAUUCAUACAAUGAACAUUUUGAUGAAAUUGAUGAAUUCAAAGUGCCAAAAAAAUUCUAUAAAUCUUCCAAAAAUGAUAACAAAAUAUUUAAUAUUGGUACUGUUGAAAUUGAUUCAAAAUCAAGCCAAAAACAAAUUGAAUUAGAUGAGGCAAUAGCAAGUGAAGAUAAUACAGAAUCUGUAUCUGAUAAUGAAGAAAAUCAAAUUGUUCCUAAUAAUGAAAUAAUUGAAACCAAUCAAUCAUGUCCCCCUAAAAUCCUAAAAUUAACAAACAACAAUCAACUUAUAAUAAUCCCUGAACCAAAUCAGCUAAUCCACUUUCACGGAUUAUUCAAUCUCAAAGUACUAUAUGGAAAAGUGGAAAUUUUAGGUGCAACUUUAACCCAAAAUUCUCCUGAAAAAAAAAUCUAUUCACCCAGAGGCACUUCUUUACUCUACAUCAAAAAUACCCAUACACAAUAUUGCAGUGAUACAAUAAAAAUUAGUAGCCUAAUAGCAACUGACUUACUAAAUAUAGAAGACAAGAAUUUGGCCUUUGACCAUCACAGUGCAAUAUUAUUAUGUCAAGAGCUCAAAGAGCCUUAUAUUGAUUUCAUUGAAACCCACAUGCCUCAAAUAAUGUUUCCAGAAGCGACUUUGGGACCCAGAGUUGAUUUCCAAUUAAGUGGCAACUGGAAUAAAACACUUGAAUAUUCCAACUUGUGGGAAAAUGUAUUUGAUUCCAAAACUGUUAUUUGCGGUGGAAAAGGGGUUGGCAAAAGCACCUAUCUUAGAUACUUGGUUAAUUUGUUGUUGGGUAAAUUUCCAGAAGUACGAGUUGUGGAUUUGGAUUCGGGACAAUUAAUACUGUCUCACAUCAACAUAGGCCACGACAUACAACAAUACUCAAAGUCUGUCAGACAUUUAACAGAAAUCCUGGAUGAAAUGCCAUUAAUGCCUACAUUAAUCAACUUCCCUGGUUACACUCAAGGCUUUGGCCUGGAUCUUUCAGCAAAUUCAUUGAAAAUGCUGCAACCUCAGAUUGUAAUUGAAAUUAAAAGCAAAAAUCCCAGCAAAAACUAUAAAACAGACCUCACUGCAGAUUUUAUAAACAGUUACGAUGACAUAUUGGGUCAUGAAGACAUACAAGUUAACUAUAAGCAUUUCACAUUUGAUAGUCUCUGUGAGAAAAAUGAAGCUUGGGCGAUAGAGGCUAGGCCUUCAAGAGAAAUUUGCGUUUUGUCCUAUUUUGGGCAAAUGAUGUCAGAAAGCACUAAGAGCUUGACUUCUCACGAUUUAAGCAUGUUCACUAUAGAUAUAUCUGCAUUGAAUAUUGUGAACUUUGCAGGCGAUGUUAUAAAUCCAUUAGUUGUAAACGGAUGUUUGGUGGCCCUAUGUUCACUUGAAGAGAAAGAUGUAUUUGUUUCAUAUGGUUUAGGUUUGGUAAGAGGCUUGGAUUUGGAAAACGAUUAUUUAGUGCUUCUGACACCAGAGAAGGAUUUGGAAAAAGUCACCCAUUUGGUUUUGACAUCUGUUAGCACUCCACCCUCUCUACUAAUGUCUGCCAACGGUGUAAGGGGCAACAUUCCGUUUGUUAACAAAGGCGAAUUAGUGGAUUUCGGGCAGUUCACGAAGAGAUCUUAUUUGCCACCAAGUUUACUGAAAAGAAGCUGA